GUGUGAACCAAAUCCUGUGCGAACUGUGGUAAUUGUACUGAUGGUAUUUGGUGACUUCACUUGUGAAUGUCCAACAGGACUUAGUGGGAAAAACUGUUCACUUAAUAUUGAUGACUGUAUUGGUGUCUUCUGUGGUAAUGGGACUUGUGUGGAUCUGAUAAACGACUAUAUGUGUGAUUGUGCCAUUGGUUUUAAUGGCACCAACUGUACAAACAACAUAGAUGACUGCUCACCUGGAAUUUGUAAUAAUGGAGAUUGUAUUGACCAAGUAAAUAACUACACUUGUUCUUGCUUUGAUGGAUACACAGGAGAUAAAUGUCUAAUAGAUAUAGAUGAAUGUGCUACAGACCCAUGUGUAAAUGGUACAUGUGUAAAUCUGGUGAAUGCAUAUAUGUGUAACUGCACUGCUGGCUUUGAUGGCACAAACUGCUCUAAUGAUAUAAAUGAUUGCGCUCCAAAUCCAUGUGUGCAUGGGAGUUGCACAGAUAGGGUAGAAAACUAUACAUGUGCAUGUGAUACAGGAUUUACUGGCAGGAAUUGCUCAAUAGAUAUCAACGAUUGUGACCCAAAUCCAUGCGAUUCAUGUGGAAAUUGUACAGACUUGUUGAAUGACUAUAACUGUACAUGCCCUGCUGGGUUUAGUGGAAAAAACUGCUCAAUUGAUAUCAAUGAAUGUACACCUGGUGUAUGCGGAAAUGGAACUUGUGUUGAUAUGUUGCAGGGUUAUUAUUGUAACUGUGAUAUUGGUUUUAAUGGAACAAACUGCACCAACAACAUAGAUGAUUGUGCUAUAAACCAUUGUGCUAAUGGCGGGACUUGUGUAGAUGGAGUGGCUAAUUACACCUGUCAGUGCGUACCUGGCUAUACGGGCUACAACUGCUCAACUGAUAUCAACGAUUGUGACCCAAAUCCAUGCGAUUCAUGUGGAAAUUGUACAGACUUGUUGAAUGACUAUAACUGUACAUGCCCUGCUGGGUUUAGUGGAAAAAACUGCUCAAUUGAUAUCAAUGAAUGUACACCUGGUGUAUGUGGAAAUGGAACUUGUGUUGAUAAGUUAAAUGGCUAUUAUUGUGACUGUGAUCUUGGUUUUAAUGGAACAAACUGCCUUAACAACAUAGAUGAUUGUGCUAUAAACCAUUGUGCUAAUGGCGGGACUUGUGUAGAUGGAGUGGCUAAUUACACUUGUCAGUGCGCACCUGGCCAUACUGGCUACAACUGCUCAAUUGCUCUGUUAUCAACAUCUCAAAUAAACAUAAUUGACGUUACACAAUUUUCUAUGUUGGUUAAAUACAAUCCUGUUCCUGAUGCAAUAUAUUACAUUGUAAAGGUGGCUUACUUGGAUACUAUUGAACAGAAUAAAACAACUACCAAUAUCUCUGUACCUGUAAAUGGUUUACUUCCUGGUAGAGUUUAUUCCGUAUCAGUAUACGUGAUGUAUGUGGAAGGAAUAAGCCAAGCAAGUGACGUACACCAACAAAUUACAGUUGCGGACAAUGUCACCAACUUAUUUGUCUACAAUGUAACCUCAUCUGCUCUAAAUGUAAGAUGGGCUCUAUCAGCUUAUGGCCACAACUCCACUCUUGUGAAGAUUUUUCCAGACAGCGUACCAGAACGGACAGUAACAACUAACUCAACACAUUUUUCAAACUUACUGGCCGGCACCAAUUACACAGUUUCAGUUCAAUCUCAGAAUGCAGCAGGGUUAAGUGCUCCAACAACUUUUAGUUUUCAAACAGCACCUGGCAAACCUGAAAAUGUAAGGAUUACGACAGCACAUACUUCACUGAAUAUAUCAUUUGAUGCUAUGCAAGGAGCUGUUCUAUACAGGGUGACAAUUUCUCAUAACCUAGCUAAAAAUACAACCUCUACUUACGUGUAUUUUGAUGGCCUAAAUGAUGGAAUGCAAUACACUGUAUCUGUGGUGGCAUUUUCACGAAAUCAACUUGUGUUGGGAGUUCUUUCUAGUCUUCCAUCUGAUCCUAUAUCUAUCUCAACAUACAUAAAUGCAUGCAAACCAAGUCCAUGUGUAAAUGGAAGUUGUUUAAUUAAUAAAAACAAUUACACAUGUGAGUGUGAAGCAGGAUUCACCGGCAUGAACUGUUCCAUAGAUAUUGAUGAUUGCAAACCAAAUCCAUGUGUGAAUGGCAGUUGUACUGACCAAGUCAACAACUAUACUUGUUCCUGUGAUCCCACUUUUAAAGGAAGAAAUUGCUCUCAGGCUCUCUUGUCCACCCCCCAAAUAAAAAUAACUGACAUUACACAAUUUUCCAUGUUGGUUGAAUAUGAACCUGUUUCUGAUGCAAUAUAUUACACUGUAAAGGUGGCUCACGUGGAUAUGGUUGAAAAGAAUAUAACAAGCACCAAUAUCAGUGUACCUGUAAAUGGUUUACUUCCUGGUAGAGAUUAUUCAAUAUCAGUAUACGUGAUGUAUGUGGAAGGAAUAAGCCAAGCAAGUGACGUACACCAGCAAAUUACAGUUGCGGACAAUCUCACUAACUUGUUGGUCUACGAUGUAACAUCUUAUUCUAUAAAUGUUAUAUGGACGCUAGCAGCUUAUGGCCAAGUUUCCACUCUUGUGAAGAUUUUUCCAGGCAGCGUACCAGAACAGACAGUAACAACUAACUCAACACAUUUUUCAAACUUACUGGCCGGCACCAAUUACACAGUUUCAGUUCAAUCUCAGAAUGCAGCAGGGUUAAGUGCUCCAACCAAUUUUAGUUUUCAAACAGCACCUGGCAAACCUGAAAAUGUAAGGAUUGUGACAGCACAUACUUCACUGAAUAUAUCUUUUGAUGCUAUGCAAGGAGCUGUUCUAUACAGGGUGACAAUUUCUCCUAACCUAGCUAAAAAUACAACCUCUACUCAUGUAUCAUUCCAUGGCCUAAAUGAUGGAAUGCAAUACACUGUAUCUGUGGUGGCAUUUUCACCAAAUCAACUUGUGUUGGGAGUUAUUUCUAGUCUUCCAUCUGAUCCUAUAUCUAUCUCAACAUACAUAAAUUCAUGCACACCAAAUCCAUGUAUGAAUGGAAAAUGCUCAGUUGAUAAAAACAAUUACACUUGUGAGUGUGAAGCAGGAUUCACUGGCAGGAACUGUUCCAUAGAUAUUGAUGACUGCAGUCCAAACCCAUGUGUUAAUUCUAUGGAUUGUAUUGAUAGAGUAAAUGAUUACCAAUGCGAUUGUACACCAGGCUUUGUAGGCAAAAAUUGUGAAAAAAGUUAUGAUGAUUGCCACAAUGUAAGCUGCAACUCAUUUGAAUGCGUAGAUGGUUUUCUCAGCUACACAUGCAACUGUAAAAAUGGCUACAGCGGAAAAAAUUGCGAAAUUGAACCAAGUAUAUGCUAUGGUGUCGAAUGCAAGGAUAGAGCCCUUUGUGUUAAUGGAACUUGUGUUUGUAAGGAUGGUUAUGAUGGAAACGGAGAUGUUUGCAUUGUAAAGUGCGAAACACAAAACAUAACAGGAGAUAGUGGUACUAACUACACUUUCAUUGGGAGACCUCUAGGGAGAUCUAAUUCCGUUCAAAAAUGCAAUGGAAGUCGCUCAAUAGCUGAGGCUGAAUGCAAAGAAGAUGGUGACUUUCACUUUCUUAAUGAAUUGCCUUGUUCAGUAAAUUUAGGAUCACUUGCAAAUAAUAUUCAGGAGAAUGUGGCAAAUAUUACAGCGGAACAAGUCCACACCUAUUCCACACAAGUCACUCUGCUAACGUCUAACUUUAACUCAAAUACAUCAGAGUCAAGUGGGUCAGUUGAACAGGUGGAAGAAGCUGCAAACUUAAUUACACAGUUGUCUAAUGUGUCAACAAACAUCAAGAUGUCAGUGGAAACUACAACAAAUUUUCUAUUAGCUGUCAGUAAUGUGGGAACAGCAGUUAGUUCACCCACUAGCAAUGAAAUACCACAGAAUGAAACUGCAAUCAUCAAACGACAGCUUGCCAAAGCUGUCACUGUCUUUGUGGAAAGCAUGGAACUUCCACCAGAUGAACUAGAAAACGAAAUUAUUCUGGAUACAAUGUCUGUGAAGGCAAAAAGGUUACCAUCUUCCUUAUUUGCAUCACAAAAAAAACGGAGUGCGCACCAAGAAGUAUUUGAUAUUACAUCUUCUCCUUAUAUUGGGUUUAAUAGAACACAUGUAUCACCAACCUUAUCCUUUCCAUAUACUCUUUUGAGAGGCUUGUCAAGAUCUACUACUUUUAAAAUGGUGUUAUUUAAAUCCACUUCACUCUUUCCAACUAAACAAAAAGAUGUGUCUAAGUUUAGCCAGGUCACACAAUUCGUUAUCAGUGGAAAUAAUAACAGUUACGGUGGAAAAGUUCAAUUGAUUAAUAAUGACAUAAAGGUAACACCGAUGCAACCUGUGCCGUCUAAGCCACAAAGACUUUAUCAGUUGGAAUGCGCAAAAUAUAACCAAAAUACGGAGGACUGGGAUAAAAAAGACUGCGAAUUCGAACCUGGAGUAGGCACAACACCAAGCAGAUGCCAAUGCGAUAGUAAAUAUAAUCCGUAUUCCGAAGAAAUAGAGGAACAACAACAGGGAUCUACAUUCUCAUGUUUAGUGAAAGAAGUUUAUUUCCCAUCUGCAAAGGUUCUUAGUAUUGUCAGUAAGAUUGGUUUGUGGAUUUCCCUAUUUGGAGUUUUCCUAACAUUUGUCAUCUACAUUUCUAUAAAGCAGUUAAGGAACAGGCAACCAACAAUUUUUAUUCUGAACAUCUGUGUCUGUCUUUUUAUUGUUUACAUCACCUUUCUCUUUGGAAUUCAAGCAACUGAAACAAAGACUACAUGCGAUGCAAGUGCUAUGAUAUUGCAUUAUGCCUUACUGGCUUUCUGGUUUUGGUGUGGGGCAAACACACUCAAUCUGUACAAGUUAAUUGUGAAGGUCUUUGGUUCUCCUGACACCCUUACACCAUGUGUGCUGUACAGUACCUGUUAUGGACUGCCUUUGUUAAUAGUUGGUAUCAAUGCAGGAGCUACUAUUUUUACUACUGACUUAUCGUUGCCCGAAGGAGAAGAUUCUAACUACAGACACAGCGCUAAAUGUUGGUUGAGACAUUACUCACUUUACUUUGGCUUCUUGCUCCCAAUGGGUCUUAUAAUUCUUUUCAAUGUUGUGGUCUUUGUUCUUGUAAUCAGUAAACUGACUUGCAAGAGAGAUAAGAUUCGCUCAUCAAAAUCACAGAAGAACAGUGCUAAGGAAGGGCUUUCACUUGCAGUAACGCUGUGUUUUAUGAUGGGAUUUGCUUGGAUUUUUGGCUACUUUCUGCUCAUAGACGGCGAUUUAAAAUUAAUAGAAGUAAUGUCAUGGCUUUUUACUCUCUUUAAUGCUGGCCAGGGAAUAACAAUCUUCUACUUUAACUGUUUAAAACAAAACCAAGCACGAAGAUUAUGGUUGGACCCCUUGCUUGCUCAAUGCUGUAACAAGAAACCAAUAACCAAAGUUGAAAGUGUGGAACUCAGUCAAACUACCAAUCUAUCCAAACUCUGACAUUUGUUUUAAGAAAAGGAGUCCAUGUCAAUGGGUUGGCAUAUAUACUGUACAAUGAGUGAAACGAGGCUGUUCUUUUUUGUAUUUUUGACUUGGUCUGCAUACACUGUAUAUUUUGUAUUGUGUUUAACUUGUCCGCACUUUGUUGUUGAAACAUUUGGAACUUAGAGUAUUUAAACAGUGCCAGGCAGAUAACAAUAUUAUUCUAUUUAUGUUUUCAUGUUACCAUCAUUACCAUUUAGAUGCGUUGAGGUUUUGUGUUGAUUCAACGGUAAACAAUGAAUCAUGGACAUAAACAGUUGCACAAUGUCAAAUAUUUUUGUGGUAUAACAUGUUUUAGAUAUUAGUCAAAUUUUCCGUUAAAAUCUAUAUUGGAAAAUGUUUCGCUUCAUAGAAAAAUAAGGGUAAGGAAGUAGAAAAAGGUGCAAAGUUAAAGUUCCAUACUGAUUGUUAUAUAACCAAGUGUAUUGUGUUUGUGUAUAUUCUUUGGCAGAUUACACCAUGUGUUUUUAUUGAAUCGAUUUUUCUUUUUUAAAGCACAUUUUUGCAUAAUAAACUGCUUUAAAUGGUUUUA